UUUUACUCUUCUUUUAGGCUAAAAUGUUGGAGAAUUCACAUGCUUGGAUGGGUGCUUCAAGUUCUUCCAUUGCAGCAGACAGUUACCAGUACCAAUUGCAGUCGAUGUGGCAGAAAUGUUGGAAUACCAAUCAAAACCUUAUGCAUCACUUGCGCUUUCGCGAGCGCGGUCCACUCAAGUCUUGGCGUCCCGAAACAAUGGCCGAAGCCAUCUUCAGUGUGUUGAAAGAGGGUCUCUCGCUUUCGCAAGCUGCGCGCAAAUAUGACAUACCUUAUCCAACUUUUGUAUUGUACGCGAAUCGUGUGCACAAUAUGCUAGGGCCAUCGAUCGAUGGCGGCCCUGAUUUACGUCCGAAAGGUAGAGGUCGUCCACAACGUAUAUUACUCGGUAUCUGGCCAGAUGAGCAUAUCAAAGGUGUUAUAAAGACUGUAGUAUUCCGCGACGCAAAGGAACUGAAAGAGGAUACUCUACCGCCAAUUCCGUAUGGACGACAUUCGCCAAUUUUUCCAUUUCCGGAUAGUCCACUGAGCUAUCCAGGCGUACCUGGACCAUGUCCGAAUGGUAUGCCUUCAGCUCCCGGUGAGCAGAUGUCACAAGAAGCUACAGCUGCAGCCGUUGCUGCUGUUGCACAUAACCUACGCCAACAAAUGCAAAUGGCAGCCGCAGCACAACAUCAGCACUCAGAGGGUGCAUCAGGCACCAACCUAUUUAACAUACCACCGCAUCUGCAAUCGCAUAUGAGUGCAGCCGGUCCCGGUCCCGGUGGUAUACCUCUGCCAAAGGCUAGCAUCUCACCCGCAUUGAGUUCUGCCUCAAAUCAUGGUGCAGCUGGUGGUAUGCUUGGUCCAAGGCAUGCACCAUCACCGUGUGGUAGUUUACCUGGUCUGCCUAAUCUACCACCUAGUAUGGCAGCAGCACUGCACAUGGUAGGCGGCACAAGCGCUGCACGUUGCGAUCCUGCUGCUAUGCUAAGUCAACAACAGCAACAUCAAUUGCAGCAAUUACAUUUGCAGCAACAGCACGCUUUGCAUCAGCAGCAGCAACACCAGCAACAGCAACAUCAACAACAACAACAUGCGGCUACGCAUGCUCUUGGUUUCGGUAUUAGUUCCAUGUCGCAUUCAUUAACUUCCACUACAGCUACGGCAACAGCAACGUCAUCUUCCACACAAAAACUUCAACUUCAACAAGAAGAGCAACAACAUCAACAACACGAACAGCAACAGCAACAACAACACCAACACACAACAAGUGCUGUGAAUACUUCGUCAAGUUCCAUUAUAGCAAAACCAAAAUCUGUAAAAGAUUCACCAACUCAGCAACGCAGUAGUCCACGCCACGAGACACCAUUGCAUUCGCCUUUCACAGAGCUCGGUUUGGAAAUUGGUUAUAAACACGUACGCGGCUAUUCACCUUCACGACUUUUUACCGAAGAUAUCGCUGAAUUAAUGGGUGCAGCCACAGCUACCACAUCCUCUAUUACUAGCAGUUCCAGUGCCAGUCCGGCAACUUCGUCCAUUCUAUCGUCACUAACUUCGGCAACGGGAAAUGUGGCAACAGCUGCAUCAGCGCCUACAAGCAGUAAAAUUAGUUCCAGUAGUAUUAAAAUUGAACCCAUCACAACAAGCAGUGAGUAAGGACCAUUUUGGAAAAUAUAUUAAACAAACUAAAUACUUAUUAUUUUGAUUAUAUUUUACUUUAUACUUUAUAUUAUUGGGAACACAACUUACUACAAUUUGACUAAAGCAUAUGAGAAUUAUAUUCCUCACCACUGUGAGUUUCGAAAAGUAUGCGUAAAUAGAGUGUUUCAUUGGCUUUUUAGUAGACAGAUUUCAAUAGAUUUCUAUAGUCGUUCAUUUACAGUUUUAUAUUACUUUUACACAUCCAUUACUGUUACUCACAUAUAUUGUUACGGUAGUAAGUAGCGACAAUCGACAGUUGUUUCAUCUUUCUGUGAGCAGGAAUAGUUCAAUUAAAACAUACCGAAUAACAAAUUAUUAUUACCAUCAAUAGUAAUAAAGGAAAAAUAAAGAAAGGCUGAUACUCGAUAAGGGGCUGUGAUGGCCUAUUAAGUAAGACAGUUUCGCAUUUCACAGAGAGUUUCGGGGGUUACGAAAUUAACCGAUGUGCCACUCUACCAGUCAAAACGGUUAGCAUUAAAUGAUCGCAUUCUACCGUGAAAAGAAUAAAAAUAUCACCGUAAAAUUUAAUUGGUCAUGACAAGUUGAGUGCUCUUGCUAUAAUGUCGGUUCAAUGUCGGUAUGCGAUUAUAAAUCUGGGUGAAGUGUCUAACCAUUUAUGGAUAAAAUAAUAUAACAGAUUAUUGUGUUUUCAUAACCUACUAUCCUCCCAACGAUAUAUUUGUAUACGAGCUCGAUAUAUUAAUAAUAUAUGAACCUAAUAGAAUAAUAAUAUCAAAGUUACUUCUAGUUUCCAUAGCUUUUAUCAAACUUCCAAUAAAAUCUGUUGAGCUCAUAUUAAUUUAACCGUUAGGGUUGGUAGAACAACACUAUACAAAAAAGAAGGUAUUUGCAAUCAAUAACCGCAUUCUCCGAACUGAAUAUCUAUUGAUGGGUUGGACACAUAAAAGUUAAUAAACCCAAAACAUUAAUAAUAUCAAGCUCACCUCCAAUUUCGGGAAGCUUUAUCAAACUUCUCAUAUAAUAUCUUUCCAACUUUAACUUUAUUAUAUUCUCAGAAUAUUAGGAUGUUCCUAGAGAGACAUAAUUUCCACAAAAUUUGUUUCCCUCAUCUUAUUUUCUAUAAGGUAUGUCACUCAGAUUGUAACGUCAAUAAGAAAACAAAACAGCGUACAAGUUUAUUAAUAAUAUCAUAGACUCUUCUAAUUUAGUUAGCUCUUUGCAAGUUGUUUAUAAAAUAUGUUAACCUUAUCCAAUUUUCCAUAAACUAUGUUGACCUCAACUUCAUUUCAUUGCUUCAAUGAUCCUCUAUCUGAAUUAAACGCAAUGAGAAAUAAAAGAUUUGAUAAUUUUGCAGAGAAAUUAGAUAUCAGAGAGACCCGGAUAGUAGAAGCACCAUGGUCUUUCUGAUAAUAUCUCUAUCCUCCAAAGUAUAGUGUCAAGUAUACUGGAAGUAUGGGUUCUGUAGUUAAUUCUCAGAGUUCUUAAAAUUACUCGCUAAAAUAUUUUUAA